AUGCGCGUGCCUCUGAUAUGCUCCGUUUUAGCCUUCAGCUUGCAUGCCUAUUCCUGGACCCAUCCGGGCCUGCUGGUCACAGACUCGGACAUCGCCCGCAUCCAAGCCAAACUCGCUGUGGAAAGAGAGCCCUGGGUAAGCUCCUGGGCAUACUUCGAAUCCCUCUCUUUCUCCAGCAGCUCCUACUCGCCGAACGCCGUAUCUGACAUUGAUCGUCCCACAAACGGCGACGUUCUCUGGCACGAUGCUGCAGCUGCCUUCAACUUGGCUCUGCGCUGGCGCGUGACUCGGGAAGAAAAAUAUGCAAAGGCCGCCUCUGCCAUUCUAACAGCCUGGGGCCACACCCUGACUACAUUCUCGGGUGGGGAUGACCGUUACCUUUCCGCGGGCCUGCAGGGUUACGAGCUGGCGAAUGCAGCUGAGUUGCUACGCGAUUACGCGCCCUUCGUCCAGGAUGGCUGGGAUGCCUUCGCCAACAUGGCCGUUAACGUCAUCCUUCCGUUGAAUCUAAGAUUCCUCAACCAUGAAGAGCCGUCUGAGCAUAACGUGCUUCAUUUCUUCGCCAACUGGGAACUCGCGCAGCUCGCGUCCAUCCAAGCGAUUAGUGUCCUGACGGAGAAUCAGACGGCAUGGGACUAUGCGAUUGAUUACUUCAAGAGUGGGGAUGGAAAUGGUGCGAUCCGUAAUGCCAUUAGCAAUCUCGUUGAGGAACCAGAGACGGGAACGCUGCUGGGCCAGGGUCAGGAAUCAGGUCGCGAUCAGGGACACUCUGCGCUGGAUCAGCAGCUCCUCGCGGCCAUUGGGCAGCAGGCGUGGAAUCAGGGGGAAGACCUGUUCGCGUUUAAUGAUAGUUUGAUACUUCGCGGCGCGGAGUAUUUUGCUAGAUACAAUCUUGGACACGACGUCCCUUUCGAAGCCUACACCAACGGCAUAGUGAGCUAUACCGAUAUCAGCGCUGCCAGCCGCGGUGCAACCCGCCCGACCUGGGAACUUCUGUACGCGCACUACGUACAUAUCAAGGGGCUCGAAGCUCCGUGGACUAAGGCAUACCUCAACUACACUCUGGAGGGCUUCGGCGGCUAUGAGAAAGGCAUAGGGUAUGGGGAAGGCUCGGGUCAUUACGACGGUGUUGGUUGGGGAACGCUGCUCUACCGCUUGGAGCAGUCGGACCUGGAGGACUUGACGCAGGGCGUGACGAUGACCAGUAGUACUAUGCCUUCAACUUCGGCGGUUAUACUGUCAGCCUCGGUUACCGCUAUUCCGACAACAACAUCAUCAACUUCUCCAACUGCGAACAGCUCGACGGAUAGCCUCGUUUCUACGACUACUGGCACCAUCACUGAGGCAGAGAACACUAAACCAAUCCUAGGACAUGCCCAUGACCACGGUCACCACCCCAGUCACGCCGGUGGUCAUUGCAGAGCCUAG